AUGCCUUCGCUCACGGUCGACCCGGCGGCGGUGACCGUCCUGCCAACUCUCGAAGUGCCCGAUUGCCAACAAACCCAGCCAGAGCUGCUUCAUAGCCUCAAGCACAGCAGCAGCGUUCUCGCACUCGCAGUCAGCCCGCAGCACGACUCCAUCUAUGCCGGCACGCAAGAUGGCGAGAUCGUCGUCUGGUCUCUCUCAACCUUCCACCAGGUGCAGCAGGUCCAGGCGCACAAGAGAAGUGUCAUGUCGCUCUCGCUCUCUCCGGACGGCUCUUACCUGUUCUCGAGCGCUUGCGACCCCAUCAUCAACGUGUGGUGCCCUCGAACGCUUCGACGUCUCUACGAAAUCUAUGGCAACCACGAUGUCGGCGACAUCUUUUCCACAGCGUACAGCCCGCAGCACGAUACGCUGUACAUUGGCGCGCAGAACAUGACGAUACAAUGGGUUAGCCUGAGCGAUCCCAGCACAAAAGUGACGCCCGAUUCGCAGCGACAUCCGGAUCGAAGAAGUCAUCGAUUUUUCGACUCCAAAGCUAUUGGCGGAACGAGCACUCCAAGACGCAGCGAGGACAAGUGGGGAUUGAUCCCUCGAGCCAACAACGUCUUGGAAAUCGAUAGUGGUGCAAUCCGCAAGUUUGCCCAUUACGGCUACAUAUACUGCAUGCUGAUUGCAAAGGGACCUACUGUCGAAGUUGGUCCCGAGGACGAUGUGCUGAUUUCAGGAGGCGGCGAUGGCACAAUCAAGCUUUGGAGUCUUGGGGCGCAAGGUAGAACUGAUCCGAACGACCCCGAGCGCGCCGGCAUCAAAGAGAUCAUGUCCCUUGGUGCAGAUGAUGCGGAAUCUGUGCUGUCUCUGGCUUUGGACGGAUCCUUCUUGUAUGCUGGAAAGCUUGAUGGCAUUGUCGAGCUUUGGGACCUAGACACAGCCCAGAGGCUGAGGGUGAUUAAGGCGCAGAAUCACGACAUAAUGUCGCUCCAAAUGGGCUGGGGCUACCUUUGGACUACUUCUGCUGACGGAUGGGCCAAUAAAUUUAGUACGGCGCAUUAUGGGAAAUACCAGCACGUCUCAAGAACAGUCGCUCAAAAAUAUCAAUGUCUUAGCCAGUGGAAAGCGCACAACGGCAAAGAAAAGAGCAAAAUAUUAUCAUCCGCCUGCGCUACUUACAAAAAAGAACAGUAUUACAUCACCGGGGCCAACGACAAUGACAUCUGCGUAUGGAAUAUCAAGGAUGAGGCAGACCCGAAAUCGGGUAACCUGAGCCAGACUGAAGACGAUGUAAUCCUCUCUGCCCUUACAGAAUUCGUCUCGUACAAAACCGUAUCAUCCAGGCCCGAAUUUGCAGAAGACUGCCGCAAGGGAGCGACCUAUCUCGGCGCCCUGUUUAAGCGCAUGGGCGGAUAUGUCGAAAUGCUGAGUACAGGAGAAUCGCAUAACCCUGUGGUGUUGGCAAAAUUCUCUGGGAAGAAAGAAUCUGCCGAUAGACGAAAGAGAAUCCUCUUUUACGGUCACUACGACGUGGUGUCGGCUGACAACGAGAAGAGCAACUGGGCAACCGACCCGUUUACCGUCCAUGGAGCUAAUGGUUUCCUCUAUGGACGAGGCAUCAGCGAUAAUAAGGGCCCUAUACUGGCUGCAUUGUUUGCGGUGACAGACCUGAUGCAGGCGCAGAAGCUGGAAAACGACGUCAUUUUUCUGAUCGAGGGAGAAGAGGAGUUUGGAUCCAGAGGGUUUGAACAGGUAAUCAAGAGAAACAAGGAGCGCAUUGGCCCUGUGGACUACAUCCUGCUGGCCAAUAGCUACUGGCUGGACGAUGAAGUUCCGUGUCUGACUUACGGGCUGCGAGGCGUCCUUCACGCCACUGUCUGCGUUGACUCGGCGCGUCCCGAUAUACACUCUGGCGUUGAUGGCUCCUACAUGAACGACGAGCCCCUUUCAGAUCUCACAGCAGUCUUGUCAAGACUCAAGGGCCGCGGCAAUCGAGUCCUCAUCCCAGGCUUUUACGACGGCAUCCCACCGGUGACACCAGAGGAAGAGGCACGCUAUGACGAUAUCGCCUCUAUCCUGUUGCGCCGCAGUGCCGAAGCCGUCUCUGAAACAGAGAUCAAGAAGUCGCUUUUAGCAACAUGGCGAGAGCCAAACCUGACGAUUCACCGAUACAACGUGUCGGGACCAGAGGGCAGCUUGGUGAGCAGCCAUGCCAGCUCGCACAUCAGCAUGCGACUGGUGCCAGGACAAGAGGUGGACGCGAUGGCGACGGCCCUAACAGGCUUCUUACAGCGCGAAUUUGCUAGCCUUGGCUCUGAGAAUAGGAUCAGUAUCCGCAUCGAUAAUAAGGCUGAGCCGUGGCUGGGCGAUCCAACAAACGACAUCUUCCGUAUCCUAUGCGACGCCAUUGUGGAGGCGUGGCCCGACUGCUUCGAGCCCCGGAACGACGCCGCCAAUAUGAAGCAAUCAAGUCCAAGUGAACACGGCACAAAUGGCAAAGCCCCUCCGCUGGAGUCGCCUGAGCUGCCGACGAGCAAGCCAAAGAAGCCGUUGUACAUUCGUGAAGGCGGGUCUAUCCCAGCCAUUCGCUUCCUGGAGAAGGAGUUUGGAGCGCCGGCUGCCCACUUGCCUUGCGGACGGGCCAGCGACUCUGCCCAUUUGGCUAAUGAGAGGAUGAGCCUCAUCAACCUGGUCAAGGCGAGGGAGAUUUUUGGAAAGGUGUUUGCGCGGCUGUGA